AUGUUAGACCAAGUUAAUCAAUAUAGUCCUACUCCCUUGUGGUUGGAUUGCGACCCUGGUCAUGAUGAUGCCUUUGCGAUUCUGAUCUCCGCUCAUCAUCCAUUCUUGAACCUCCUUGGAAUCAGUACAAUCCAUGGAAAUGCAUCGUUAGAGAAGACAACCGCCAAUGCGGGCAGCGUUCUGGAGGCGAUCGGCAUGCCUGACGUCCCUGUCUAUCCUGGCAGCAUUAAGCCAUUUGCACGGCCUGCUCUUCAUGCGCCUGAUAUUCAUGGCGAGUCUGGUCUUGAUGGGACUGACCUCCUUCCCAAGGCCACUAGAGCACCCAUCACCGAUAAGAACGCUAUUUUGGCUAUGAGAGAUGCCCUUCUUGCACAGCCCAAGGGUACCCCCUGGGUAGUUGCAACGGGUACAUUGACCAACGUUGCAUUGUUGUUUGCAACAUUCCCCGAGGUGGUUGAGCACAUCCAAGGGCUCAGCAUCAUGGGUGGUGCCAUCGGUGGAGGAUUUACCGAUGCUCCCAUGAGCAGACUUCCUGGCGAGAAGUCUAGAAUUGGUAAUGUGACUCCAUGGGCUGAGUUCAACUUCUAUUGUGACCCGGAGUCUUCCGAGUCGAUCUUUAGCAACCCCGUUCUUGCAUCUAAGACAGCUAUCAUGGCCUUAGAUCUCACACAUCAGGUUUUGGCCUCACAGGCUAUUCAAACGCGCAUCUUGCAUGGCUCGAUCCACUCGACCGACGAACCCACUAUCCUCCGACAGAUAUUGCAUGCGCUACUCAAUUUCUUCGCUGCCACAUAUGAGAAAGCUUUUGGUUUAACCACUGGGCCUCCACUGCAUGAUCCCCUUGCUGUGGCUGCGAUCUUGUCAACGCUGAAUCCAGCCUUUGCCAACAAACAUCCUAAUCAAGCUCUUGCUUUUGAUGACAAAGGCGGGGAGCGUUUUGCUCUGAGUAUUGUCACAGAUGGACAACAUGGGAAAGAUGUAUCCACAACAGGUCAAUUGGGGCGAUCCAUCGCUACUCCUGUUGACGGUCCCGGCGUUGCUAUUCCCAGGGGGGUUGAUCUAGAGGCUUUCUGGAACAUGGUUCUACAAUGUAUCCAGCUAGCCGAUGAUUGCAAUGCUGCACGCAAGCUCUGA